AUGAAUCAGUGCCAAAUGCUAAUUAUACCAUUUCAUCAGGUUUUAUACCUGCAUGAUGUAUGUGUCUAUGAUAGACAGAUUUAUUAAUCGAUCACAGAGUAUAAGACUAUAAUGGGAAAAUUGAACCUCACAUUUUGUUGAGACCAGUUGCAUGAACUAUAAUUCUCCGCGAAGGCUAAAAUGUGGACUUCUAGUGGUACACUGUGAUAGUAUAUGGCAGCAUGAGGUUUAAGUGGGUCUAUCUACGACCACGGGCAGUUGGAGUGAUGUCGAAACCAACAACAAGGAAUACCCUUGAAAAGCUGAUUAUUGGGCUAAGUCUACUUGUUGCUAUGGUGAUAUACAUGACAUUAUCAAACUCGAAACAUCUGAGUUCUGAUCCACCACUGUUAAAGAAACAUUACCAGGAAAAGGAGACUAAUGAAGCCCAUAGUGUAUCAUAUACAGAUCAGGUACGAGACAGUGAUAACAAUGGAACGACCCAGAUUUCUCCAGAAGCAACAAAAACUAUCCUUAUGAUGUAUCACCCAGAUAAGUUUAAACCAGAACAGAUCAAAAAAAUAUUCAAUGAAUGUCCUGACGUGAAAUGUGAAUUUACACAUGAUGAGAAAGCAAUAACAAAAAGUGCUGCUGUUAUAUUUCAUUAUGUCGGUAAACAUGUGUAUUCAAUGCCAAAACGACAGCCAGGGCAACUCUGGUUGUACUACAACCUAGAAAGACCAACCUUAAUGAAAGAUGAACUGGCAAGAUACAUGACAGACAAGAGAAUGUUCAAUGGUACCGUAAAUUACUACCCAUCAAGCCUGGCUUGGUUUCCCUAUGGGAAAUACAAUGGCACUCAUAUAUGGACAUACAACAAGAUCCAUAACACGUUUCUUAAUACUACAGUUAACUUUGCAGCAAAGAAAAACAAACUACUGUUCUGGGCUGUAAGUAAUUGUUAUGCAGAAAGUAAGCGACAGGAUUAUGUGAAAGAACUACAAAAGUAUGUUAAGGUGGAUAUAUAUGGUGGAUGUGGUCCUCUUUCAUGUCCUCGUUCUAGAGACUGUGACAAUACAGUGUUUAAAUCAUACAAGUUUUACUUGGCCCUAGAGAACAAGGUCUGCCAAGAUUAUAUCACAGAGAAGUUGUGGCUUACACUAGCUACUAGAGAAACAGUACCAAUAGUUCUUGGUGGUGCAAACCAUGAGAAAUAUCUCCCGCCAAAAUCUUACAUUGACAUUCGUGAUUUCGCUACACCAGCUGAUUUAGCUAACUAUUUACAGAAACUAGACAAAGAUAAUGACCUAUAUAAUGAAUACUUUUCCUGGAGAUACAAAACAUUGCCCGUCUUUGAUUUUCAAAAAGCCACACCAAAACAGCCUUUACUGCACUACCUAUGCCAGGUGUGUAGCUUGACUCAUACAGCAAAUUUGAACAAAACAUUUGUGGAUUUUGUAGACAUAAAUAAUGACAAGACAUACUGUUUACAUGCAAAUGAGUAUUAUAAAGGCAAAUUACCAGGAUAUUAAGAGAGUUGAAAAAUAUGUGGUGGGCUGUACCAAUCUACAUAUGAAAAAGGGAAAAUUAGGGAAAAUGCAAGUAUAUUGCAAAUUCUAAAUGACAAUAGGACAAAUCACUUACUAAUCCAUAAUUUUGUUAAUUUGGGAUAUGUAUACAUAUGUCUGUAAAAACAGCAUGAGCUUUCAAGAGAACACACUGAUACUUUUUGAUGAAAUGAACCAUAUUUUUUAUUAAUGUUUGUUGUUAUGAUUGUAUUAUCACACUACCAUACCCCCAUACUGUAACUUGUAUUUCUUUAAAAGGGAUACAAGCUACAAUGAAGUUGU